AUGGCGCCUCCUCGUGGCGGAUUCCUUACGUGCCGUCCGCUCCUUACGCCCUCCCAAUCCUCCCCCCACUCUCCUCUUCCCCACUCCCCCUCUCCCCCCCUCCAACCACCCACCCCCCUCUCCCCUCCCUCCCGUUUUCUCCCCACCUUCCCGUACCUUCCUCCCUCUUCCGCCCCAUCCCCAUCCGUCCGCAUUCCCCGGCCUCUCCUCCUCCGCUCCUCCCCGCGCGCGUGCAGCGUUCGAGCGGUGGAGCGACGCGUCGACGUGGGGGGGCGGGGGCAUUCCGGGGCAGGGCGCGCAGCUUCUCACUGUUCCUCCUCCCGCGCCCUCACCUUCUGUCCCAAACACCGCACCGUUCCUCCCCUCCCCUUCCGCUUCUUCCCGCUCUCGCCGAGUCCUGAUCCUCUUUUCCCAACAUCUAAUCAUCCGCAAGUUCAGGCCUUCAUGUACCGGAACCUUCUUUCCCUUCUCGGCCCUGCUUCCCCCGCUUCCCUUCCCCACUCUCUCUCUUCUCCUCCCCUCUUUCUGUUUCUGCCCAUCUUCCCCCCCUCCCCUUCCCUCCCUCCCUCCCUCCCUCCCUCCCUCCCUCCCUCCCUCCCUCCCGCCUUCCAUCUCUCUUUCCCUCCCCCGCGCAGGUUCGAGGACACGCCCUCUCUCCCCCAGCUGCUCCUCAACGCGUCCUUCAUUCUCCUGCAGGGCCGCCUGGCCAUCGGCGCGCAGCAGCAGCACUUCUCCCAGCGCGCCCUGCUCACUCUCACGCCCAACCCCAGCGCGCGCGCGCCGCUGCUCAUCGCCGACCCCCUGCCCGCGGACGCCGCCAAUCCGCGCAACCUGGGGCACAAGGCGCUCGCCGUGCUAGGAGGCCGAUUAGAUCUGCACGGCAUGCCUGGGGGGCCCUCCACCCCCUCCUGGUGCCAGCUGGCGAAAACGGCGCCAGCUGGCGCCACGUCACUGCUGGUGGACGCUGACGUGUCGGCGUGGCCGGUGGGGGCGCUGAUAGCAGUAUCAUCGACGGACUACAGCACGGAUCAGGCAGAGGAUGUGAGCAUCACUGCAGGUGAGGAGAGGGUUGCGGGAAAGGGGGUGGAGAAAGGGGGAAGAGGCGAGAGGGUAACCACCUUCCCCAACGGCACCUCGCUGCUCACUCUCGCCCGCGCGCUCACCUACUCCCACUUCGGCGACCCCCUCGGCGUGCCCGACGGGUUCGGGGGCUUUAUAGACGAACGCGCUGAGGUGGCGCUACUGUCACGCACCGUUACAAUCACAUCUGUACCAGAAACCAGCCCGUAUGAUCGCGAGGGGGGCCACGUGUCGGUGUAUUUCACCCAGAGGCCGCAAGCGGUGGAAGGAGUGGAGUUCAGUGGGUUGGGACAGGAGGGUCUGGAGGGGCGGUUUCCUCUGCAUUAUAUGUUCCAUGGGAAUCAGGGACAGGCGGCGGGUGGGGAAGCGAGUGUUUGCCGGAAGAACUCGUUUCACCACACGAAUAAUUCGACUCAAAAGUCCCAUCGCGCUCCUUUUUCCCCAAUGUCUUCGUCUCUCCUCUUCCAUUUGACUUUCGAGUCGACUCAAAAGUCCCAUCGCGCUCCUUUUUCCCCAAUGUCUUCGUCUCUCCUCUUCCAUUUGACUUUCGAGUCGACUCAAAAGUCCCAUCGCGCUCCUUUUUCCCCAAUGUCUUCGUCUCUCGUCUUCCAUUUGACUUUCGAGUCGACUCAAAAGUACCAUCGCGCUCCUUUUUCCCCAAUGUCUUCGUCUCUCCUGUUCCAUUUGACUUUCGAGUCGACUCAAAAGUCCCAUCGCGCUCCUUUUUCCCCAAUGUCUUCGUCUCUCCUCUUCCAUUUGACUUUCGAGACGACUCAAAAGUCCCAUCGCGCUCCUUUUUCCCCAAUGUCUUCGUCUCUCCUCUUCCAUUUGCCUUUCGAGUCGACUCAAAAGUCCCAUCGCGCUCCUUUUUCCCCAAUGUCUUCGUCUCUCCUGUUCCAUUUGACUUUCGAGUCGACUCAAAAGUCCCAUCGCGCUCCUUUUUCCCCAAUGUCUUCGUCUCUCCUGUUCCAUUUGACUUUCGAGUCGACUCAAAAGUCCCAUCGCGCUCCUUUUUCCCCAAUGUCUUCGUCUCUCCUCUUCCAUUUGACUUUCGAGUCGACUCAAAAUCGACUCAAAAGUCCCAUCGCGCUCCUUUUCCCCAAUGUCUUCAUCUCUCCUGUUCCAUUUGGCUUUCGAGUCGACUCAAAAUCGACUCAAAAGUCCCAUCGCGCUCCUUUUCCCCCAAUGUCUUCGUCUCUCCUCUUCCAUUUGACUUUCGAGUCGACUCAAAAGUCCCAUCGCGCUCCUUUUUCCCCAAUGUCUUCGUCUCUCCUCUUCCAUUUGACUUUCGAGUCGACUCAAAAGUCCCAUCGCGCUCCUUUUUCCCCAAUGUCUUCGUCUCUCCUGUUCCAUUCGACUUUCGAGUCGACUCAAAAGUCCCAUCGCGCUCCUUUUUCCCCAAUGUCUUCGUCUCUCCUCUUCCAUUUGACUUUCGAGUCGACUCAAAAGUCCCAUCGCGCUCCUUUUUCCCCAAUGUCUUCGUCUCUCCUGUUCCAUUUGACUUUCGAGUCGACUCAAAAGUCCCAUCGCGCUCCUUUUUCCCCAAUGUCUUCGUCUCUCCUGUUCCAUUUGACUUUCGAGUCGACUCAAAAGUCCCAUCGCGCUCCUUUUUCCCCAAUGUCUUCGUCUCUCCUCUUCCAUUUGCCUUUCGAGUCGACUCAAAAGUCCCAUCGCGCUCCUUUUUCCCCAAUGCCUUCGUCUCUCCUCUUCCAUUUGCCCGCCCACUGCUCUCUGCUUCUCACACACGGAUCAUGUUCACGCUGCCUGGUGCUGACAGCGGCGAGUGGCAUGACAGUAGAGAGCAACGUGGCGUACGACACGAGAGGGCACUGCUACAUGCUCUCCUCGGGCUCCGAGACGCGCAACACCCUCGCCAACAACCUCGGCUUCCUCACCCGCCGCGCGGGCAGGGACGUGUCGGGCAUGAGGGACACGAGCAACCCCGCCACGUUCCUGCUCGCCAACCCCGACAACGACUUCAUCAACAACACUGCUGCUGGCUCCUACGCCGCCGGAGACGUCCCAUGGGUCCCUGGUCUGGUCCCUCCACGUCCCAACCCCGCCACGUUCCUGCUCGCCAACCCUGACAACGACUUUAUCAACAACACUGCUGCUGGCUCCUACGCCGCCGGUGUAUGGUACUACCUGCGGUGGGGAGUGUCAGGCCUGGCAGGCACCAUACCCGGGUACUACAAUCUACUGCCUUUCUUCACGCCCUGGGGCGCCUUCUCCGGCUGCACCUUCCACUCUAACAACCUCUGGGGCCUCCAGGCCUACCCCAUGGGCGCCUAUCCGCGCCAAGGGGCCUUCCGGAAUUUCUCCCAGCAGAACCCCGUGAGUGACUUCGGGGUUGCACCAAAUUCCACUUUCAUCUGUAACGCGCUGUCCUUCCCUCUCCCCCAACAUCUUUCUCCCAUGUACAACCCCUCCCAUUCCAUGAUCACGCCCAUGUCCACUACCAACCCGUGCUGUGCUCAUCUCACCACGACCACCAAGAGCAGUACAGCGUGCAGUGGCUCAAGCCCAUUCAGCGAGUGCUCUUCUCCCGCCUCACCUUCUACAAGCACCAAGGCAGCGCGUAAGCCCUUCACUAACUCACCUUGCCUCGCCUCUCUGAUCUCCUCUCCCCCUCCCCAAACUCUCCCCCUCCCCACACUCUCCCCCUCCCCCCUCCCCUCUCCUCCACCUCCUUCUCCUUCCCCUUUCUCUCCCCUCCCUCCGUCACCCUUACCCCCUGCCUGCUGCAGAAGCUUUCCUGUGCACCCCCAGCGCCUUUCCUCAUCCACACCCCCUCCCUCCCUGUCGCAUCCCCCGCCCUUUCUCCUCCCCUUCCCUCCCUCCUCCCCCCUCCCCCCUCCCCCCCCCUCACCCGCCUCCCUCUCGCUCUUCACGCUCAUGGACACGUUUGACGCGUUCACAAUGCAGGACUCUGUGUUCGCGGACAACCAGUGGUCGCUGUACCUCGCAGAGACGCAGCACGCCAUCGUGGACAGGUGCCGCUUCGUGGGGCUGUCCAACAACUACGGCACGCCGCAAGGGUGCACCAGCGCUCAGCCGUGGGACUGCGCUCCCAUCACCGGCUGCAAGCUACCGCUGACGAGCGACCAGCAGGGCAGGUCGACAGGCGGCAACCGCUUUCCGUCCCCACUGUUUGGGAUCGUGUACGAUCAGCGCAACUUCACAGAGGGCGGGGACACUGCUGCUCUCGUCGCCAACACCACCUUCUUCAACUACGAUGCCACGUGCCGCCCCGCUGCUGGGUUCGCACUGGGCCUCUCGCCCACCUACAAGGACUACUGGAACGCCGGCCAGGCUGUCAGGGUCCACCAUAGCAACGGGACGAGUGUCCCCCUUCCUCAUGAUGGCGGGUCCACCAUAGCAACGGGAGUAGUCUCCCCCUUCCUCAUGAUGCGGGACACAGACGGCUCGCUCACCGGCACAACCCCCGGCUCCGUCAAAGAGGGCGGCUACGCCAUUGCCAACGUGUCUUACCUCUUACCGCCCGCCAAGCUCAAGGGAGCGCCUGUGUGUGCGCCAAUGAAGACGUGGAAUGGGUAUUCGUGCCCCAAGGCAUGCUACCGCAGUGUGGCCAUCUCGUACUUUGAGCCGGGGUUCUCACCCAUCAACGACUCGCUUGACGCCAGGAAGAGGGGCUCUUUCAGCUACCUGGAGAUAGUGAGAGUGGAGGACAAGGCGUCCUUUGUCCUGGACGGCAAUCUCAACGUGCGCUACAUGAACGUGCACGACACCACGCUCCGAUACUUCUACCCCAACCUCCUCGCAGGCAUGACGUACGAGAUCACAAUCCGCUCCCCCACGGGCUCCACCUGGGUGCCGUCCUACAUCACCGCAGCGUUCCAGGACGGCGGCAGCUGUGGGCAGGGGCUCACCCUGCGCGUGCUGCCGCUGGGCCACGGGGGGACAGGGGUGGCGCGGCAGCUGCUGGUGGGCAAGGAGUCCAGCUCCGUGGGUGCCCUGCCCAUACCAGGCAACCCUAUACCGGGCAACAGAGCGCUCUAUAGCUUUGCCUGUGCAACCACUGCACCAGUGCCUGCGCUCACCCUCACCAUGGGUGGAAACUUUUCCGAUAUCGCCUACCUGAUCCCCAUCGGUGACACGGCUGCUGCUUCCUCCUGCACGUCUACGUUCAUGUCAACCCAGCAGCGCAGCAUCCUGUGUGCGGGCAGCGAGUGGCUGUACGACGACUCGGGGCUGGACUUCUUCCCGCCCUACUCCGGCGCACGCACCUUCUUCUCGCCCACGCCGCUGCUCACCCCGCCUGUCACCGGCCCCAAGAAGGCCCCCUCAGUGCCCCGCUCCAUUGAACCCCCGGGCACGUGGCGCAGCGGCAAGGGCCCUCUGGGCUGCUUGUUUAAAACAACAGCCGUCCCUCCCACUCCCUUUCACUCCCUCCCACUCCCUCCCACUCCCUCCCUCCCACUCCCUCCCACUCCCUCCUACUCCCUCCCACACCCACUCCCUCCCACUCCCUCCCUCCCACUCUCUCCCACUCCCUCCCACUCCCUCCCUCCCACUCCCUCCCACUCCCUCCCUCCCACUCCCUCCAUCCCACUCCCUCCCACUCCCUCCCACUCCCUCCCACUCCUUCCCACUCUGUUCCUCUCCGUCACCCUCCCUCCCACUCUGUCACUCUCCCUCCCACGCUCGCCCCUUCCCGCCCUCGCCCAUCGCCCAGGGGACAAUCCAGCCAUAGCAACAGUGCUCGCCCCUGUGUCCCCCUCCCGCGUGGUCUACUAUUUCCGCACCAACUUCACGGCCACCAACACCAAGUGCUACACCGCUCUCCGCAUCGACCUGCUUGUCAGCGACGGCGCCGUUGUAUACAUCAACGGUGUUGAGGCUUUCCGCACCAACCUGCCUAAUGGGGCGCUCACCAACACCUCCCUCGCGCUAUCAAACCUAGAGCCUCUGACCAAGGUACCGAUCCCCUACACGACCUUCACAGUGCCGCUCGUCACAGCCCCAGAGGCAGCAGCGGCAGCGGGGGCAGUGAGCCUGGUGGAGGGGGUCAACUUCGUGGCGGUGCAGGUGCACGCGUUCCAAAACUACGCUUGGGAGGUGGCCUUUGACAUGCGCAUCUCCGCUCAGCUGCCUGACCCUAAGUGCAAAGGCAAGGCAAUGCGGCCAGAAACAUGCGAUGGGCUUGACAACGACGGCGAUGGCAAGGUGGACAUAGGGCCGACCAAGAAGCCCAUCACGGUGCCAUGCGCCAGCGCCUGUGGUGUCGGCACCAUGACCUGUGUUGACGGCGCGCUCUCCCCUUGCUCUGCUAAACAACCCGCCGUCGAGAGCUGCAACGGUCUCGACGAUGACUGUGACGGGCUGGUGGACAACCGCGUGGGGUCCUCUCCAUGCCCCGAGGGAGCGGCGUGCUUCAACGGGUCGUGCCGGGCCGUGGUGUCACACGUGGGGUCGUCUGUGCUGGUGAAGGGCAGCGAGGCCGACUGGCUGUUUACCGAUGGGGGCACCAACGUGGCUUCUCUGUACCCGUUGUGGAAGAUCAACUCGGGCAUCCCAGCAGGAGUGAUGAAGGCAGGCAAGGCCCCCUUUGGCGUCAACGCCUACAGCGCGGAGGCUGCAGCGCGGUUUGCAACGCCACUGGCCAACAGCGCGGGCAGCUUCUGGACCUUUUACUUCCUCAAGGCAUUCAACCUCACGGCCGAGCAGGCCGCCAGCACCUACAGCUAUGACGUGAGUGUGCGGAGGGAUGACGGGGCGGUGGUGUAUCUGAACGGCAACGAGAUGUUCCGCACCAACAUGCCCGGGUCAGGGCCCAUCACCCACACCACAGCGGCGUCGGGAGUCACACAGACAGACCCGAGCAACGGCAACAACAAGGACUCGUACUACUCGUGUGGGGAGGCGUGCUAUGGGCGGAACAUGUCCGCUUGGAGCAAGCCGGGCAUCAACUGGGUAGCAGCAGAGCUACAUCAAGCCUACCUCUGGUCCGGAGACGCCGCCUUCGACCUCUCGCUCUCCCGCCUAGGGGUCAACGACUGCCCUGCCCCCCCCUCCAACUCCUCCUCCGCCGCGCCUGCUCUCGCCUCCCCGUGCAUCCGCUCAACGUACCGCUCGCUGCUCCCCGAGGGGACAGUGUGGCGCUUCAACGACGCGUCUAUGACUGCGCCCCCUGCGGGAUGGCACCUGCCCUCCUUCAACGAUGCCGCAUGGCCCUCGGGCCCUGGAGUGCUGGGGUCGGGUGGGUGGUGGAACAUCAGCAAGUCCCUCACCAAGGCAGCUUCGGGAUCGAACCGCCGAGCCUACUACAUGCGUACGGCGUUCACCAUGCCUGACGGGCCGUGCUUCUUCAACCUCACCCUCUGGAUCCUUGCCAACGACGGCGCUGUGGUAUACGUCAAUGGAGUGGAGGCUGCACGCAUGAACGUACCCAAGGGUGCUGACUCCACCACCCCCGCGAGCUCCUGGGGCAACUGGGUUUAUAACCCGUAUAAUGUUCACGGGCAGUGGCUGAAGCCUGCAGGAACGCCAAAUGUGGUGGCAGUGGAGGUGCAUCUACGGCAGCCUGGUCAGGACUUGUUCUUUGGGCUGCAGAUGGGUGGUAAUAGAGAGGCCGUUACGUGCAAACCUGCUCCUUGA